AUGCUCUUGGAAAAAUUCCACAAUAAGCUUCACGGCUCGAGGUUUUCCAAGCACUCUAGCCGGUCCCCUGCUGUAAGUGACGAACGCGCUGAACAGGAUAACCAAGAUCUCAUGUGUGUCGACGAAGAUACAGCGCAAGAAAAUUCCCCUGCUCUGAGCCCUCAGGAACUUCGCAUAAACACCCAGUUGUGCAACUUGCGCUUCGGGCCUCAAAAUGGCGUCUCCACGCCCGUAAGCACACCAUCAGCUCAGCCCAUCAUGCCAUACAUGUAUAUGAGCCAAAAACGCCAGGACAGUGUGGCCUCCUUUGCGAGCUCAGUGUCCGAUCUACCAGGUUCUACAAGACCUCCAGUAUCAACGUCAUUUUCUCCACAGUUUCUACGCCUUCUCAUGGACGUGUACCAGGACAUAUGUUCUGACCCAACCGCUACUCCGUUCGAUAUCAAUAACCCACCCCCCGGCAUACUCAACAGGUCCGCAAAAGUUGCUGUUUCCAGAGCCGAGGAACAAGGUGUAGACCAUGGUCGUGAAAAGAAUGCCAUUCUAAUAAGUGCAGUCAAACAGAGACUUCAGCAAGAAGUGCGCCAGGAAGUAUAUUUGUCGCGAAAUAGCUCAAUGGUAUCUCUGCCUCCCAUGCCUGUCUUCAAUUCCUCUGAUUUGACACCCCCAAUGUCUUCGGACUACUUCACCGUCCAUUCGGAGGUUCCGCUCCAACAGCCUCUUUCAGCACCAUUUCAAAUGUCUCAUCACGGUAGCAGCCAACUGCAACCGCCCCCCAUGUCACUGGAGCCAAGACCCUCGAUACCGAAGACCUUACAACGGUCGAGAAACGACAGCUUUAUUAGUGCUGCAGGAAGGAGCCGGAGCGGCUCAAACCACAUUCUUCCCUUCCAGCAACUACAGCCAGCCUCGUCUUUAGAGCCCGCUCUUGCGCGGACCAGGUCUGACAGCAACGGGUACUACGCCUUGACGCCAACCAGCUCUUUCAUGCCAGAUCACCAAAGGCCUAUCGUAUCUAGGCAGAGGAGUAACGAGUCGGCGGCCUUCGAGAUGUAA